ACGUCCAGGUAUGUUCAUCAUUUUCCACGCGACUGUUAUAGAACUCUCGUGCACGGCCAGACAUGAAAUACGACAAGUAGAACGUUCGUUCAUCAGCGGGGAUGCGGCCGAGCUUUAGUCUCUCCUUGCCUGGAACGACGUGGCACUGUCCCGACAUCCAAGGGAUUGCUGGACGGCGGCUCGGAUGGAGGGGGUCCGCCAAAGCUAUCGACGUUGCGCAACGCACGCUCGAUGAAGCUUCCCGCCCCGGUACGAGUUGCAGGAGUCCUCUCACGUGCGUCUGUCUGGGCAUGCGUCGGCGGCACAUCAAUGCUGAUAUGACGUUUGAUGCUGUUCUUCACAGCAGUCUGCGCCUGGGACAAGCUCACAGCUCCUCUGUCCUCGGCGUUCAGUGUCUUAACCGGUGUCGAGGCCCGAGAUUCCGUCAUUGCUCUAUGCAGGCUGUCAAUCUGGCGCUGCAACUCCACAAGACAUUCCUCAACGCUCUGGCUCUUGCGCCCAGAAA